AUGGAGUCCACAACACUACACCAAACUUCCCAGUCCUUCAUUGCUGUCUCCAAGUUCUGCCUCCCAAUGUCUGCAUCCCUUAAGUUCCAAGGAAAGAGGCAGACGAGUUCACUAGUCGGACAGAGACCAGCAGAUUUAUUUAUCCACAAAAGCAUGUCACCAAAAGUAGGAAUCAAUGGAUUUGGCCGUAUUGGGCGUAUUGUGUUUAGGGCUGCCAUAGAAAAGGGUGUUGAGAUUGUGGCCAUCAAUGAUCCUUUCAUUAAUCUUGAGUAUAUGGUUUACAUGCUGAAAUAUGACAGCACCCAUGGUAAAUUCAAGGGCACUGUGAGCAAAGAUGACAGUCACCUUAUUGUUAAUGGCAAGUCAGUCACUGUAUUCCAGGAGAGAGAUCCUGGCAACAUCAAAUGGGGAUCUGCUGGGGCUGAAUAUGUUGUAGAAAGUACUGGUGUGUUCACUACCUUGGAAGCUGCAUCUGUUCAUUUGAAGUCUGGAGCCAAGAAAGUUGUCAUUUCUGCUCCUUCCAAAGAUGCUCCCAUGUUUGUGAUGGGUGUGAACAAUGACAAAUACACUAGUGACCUUAAUGUUGUCAGCAAUGCCUCUUGCACCACCAACUGCCUGGCCCCUCUUGCCAAAGUGAUAAAUGAUGAAUUUGGUAUUGAAGAGGCCCUUAUGACUACUGUGCACUCUUACACUGCUACCCAGAAAGUUGUGGAUGGUCCAUCUAGCAAGGACUGGAGAGGUGGUCGUGGAGCUGCUCAGAAUAUCAUUCCCAGCUCCACUGGUGCUGCCAAGGCAGUUGGGAAAGUAAUUCCUGAAUUGAAUGGUAAAAUGACAGGCAUGGCCUUCAGAGUACCCACUCCUAAUGUCUCUGUUGUUGAUGUCACUUGCCGUCUUACUAAAGGUGCUUCUUACGAAAAGAUCAAAGAAGUAGUAAAAUCAGCAUCUGAAAAUGCCCUGAAGGGUAUUUUGGGUUAUACUGAAGAUGAUGUUGUUUCAUCUGACUUUAUUGGAGACACUCACAGUAGCAUCUUUGAUGCUAAGGCUGGCAUUAGCCUUACUGACAACUUUGUAAAGCUUGUCUCAUGGUAUGACAAUGAAAUGGGCUAUUCCAACCGUGUACUUGACUUGAUUCUCUACAUGAACAAAAUUGGUUAA